AUGUCUGAUAAACUCAAUGAUGCUACGCCCGAGCCUCCUCUUUUCACUUAUGUGUGUGAUCCAGCACAUUUGAGUGCUGUAAAAUUAGACGGUUCCACCCUUGGUUUCUGCGACACAUCCCUUCCCUAUAGCGUGAGGGUAGAGGAUUUGGUAGAUCGAUUAUCGGUGGAAGAGAAGGUAUUGCUACUUGGGAGUACGUCCCCCGGGGUGCCAAGGUUAGGAUUGCCAAAGUACGAGUGGUGGAAUGAGGCAUUGCAUGGUGUCUCAUCCGUCGGAGGUGGCUCCCGUUUCGACGCAGUGGUUCCUGGUGCAACAAGUUUUCCUACAGUUAUCCUUUCGACUGCUUCGUUUAAUGAGGACCUAUGGAAAAGAAUCGGCCAGGUUAUUUCAAAUGAAGCAAGAGCAAUGUACAACCUAGGUCGAGCCGGAUUAACAUUUUGGAGUCCAGUGAUCAACGUAGUUCGCGAUCCAAGAUGGGGAAGAAUUCAAGAGACGCCCGGGGAAGAUCCUUUUGUGGUGGGCCGAUAUGCAGCAAACUUUGUUAGAGGCUUACAGGACGUUAGAGGAACUGAACACGUCCAUGACUUGAAUGCAAGACCACUCAAGGUUUCUGCAUGUUGUAAGCAUUACGCUGCAUACGAUGUAGACAACUGGAAAGGAAUCGAUCGUCUUCAUUUCGAUGCCAGGGUGACCGAGCAAGAUAUGGUGGAGACUUUUCUCAAGCCUUUUGAAAUGUGUGUUAAAGAAGGUGAUGUCAGUAGCAUUAUGUGUUCCUACAAUCGUGUCAAUGGCAUACCCACAUGCGCCGACCCAAAACUCUUGAACCAGACUGUCAGAGGAGAUUGGGGUCUUCACGGAUACUUAGUAUCAGAUUGUGACUCCAUCGAAGUAAUGGUAAACAAGCAUCAAUUUAUCAAUGACACGAAUGAGGAUGCUGUUGCUCAAACCCUAAAAGCAGGGUUGGAUUUGGACUGUGGCGACUUCUACCCAAAGUUUACAAUGAGCUCGAUUAGACAAGGAAAGGUGAGCGUAGAAGAUGUAGAUAAGGCGUUGAGAAAUCUUUACAUGUUGAUGAUGCGACUUGGGUAUUUUGAUGGAAGUCCUCAAUUCAAAAAUCUUGGCAAAAAGGACAUUUGCUCUGCUUCAAACAUUGAGUUAGCUGCAGAAGCAGCUAGACAGGGAAUUGUUCUUUUGAAGAAUGAUAAUGGAACUUUACCUUUCAAUCGCGAUACAAUCACAAACUUAGCCGUAGUCGGCCCCCAUGCCAAAGUUACCGAUGUCAUGAUUGGAAAUUACGCAGGUGAUCCGUGUCGAUAUGUUACCCCUGUCGAUGGCUUCUCUAUAUAUACAAAAGUACAAACUCAGCAAGGAUGUGAAGACGUACUUUGCAAUAAUGAUAAACUUAUAGGUGCUGCUGUUGAUGCUGCAAAGGUUGCCGAUGCUACUGUGAUCAUGGUGGGACUAAAUCUCAAGGUCGAAGCUGAAAGCUUGGAUAGACUAAAUCUCUUCUUACCAGGUUUCCAAACUCAACUCAUUAAUCAGGUUGCAGAUGCUGCCAAAGGUCCAGUUGUUCUUAUCAUAAUGUCAGCCGGUGGAAUAGAUAUCACUUUUGCAAAGAACAAUCCCAAAAUCAAAGCUAUUAUAUGGGCUGGAUACCCUGGACAAGAAGGCGGUCAAGCGAUUGCUGAUGUCGUUUUUGGGACAUAUAAUCCUGGAGGAAGAUUGCCAAUCACUUGGUACGAAGGCAGCUACGUGGAGAAGUUACCAAUGACAUCUAUGCAGUUGAGACCAGUAGACAAUUUAGCUUAUCCUGGUAGAACUUAUAAAUUCUACAAUGGAACCACAGUGUAUCCCUUCGGCUACGGCCUUAGUUACAGUCAAUUUACCUACACAAUUCAACCCCUUAAUCCUGCAUCACUCAACAUAAAACUCAACAAACUCCAACAUUGUCAUGACAUCGACUACAAACCAGGUGCCCAGAAGCCUACGUGCCCAUCUCUUAAGAUCGAAGAUGGUCUUGCAUGCGACGCUUACUACACCAUUAACACACACAUUCAAAUCAAAAAUACAGGAACAAGAGACGGUGAUCAAGUAGUGAUUGUUUACUCUAAGGCGCCCGAAGGGAUUCUUGGAGCACCCAUCAAACAGGUGAUUGGUUUCAAGAGAGUUGGUAUUCGUGCAGGACAUACCGCAGUGCUUCCAUUUCAGUUUAAUGCGUGCAAAGCUCUGAGCAUUGUGGAUUACCAAGCGCACACUGUGUUGCCGGCUGGUCAACAUUCAAUCAUUGUUGGAGAUGGAGUAGCUUCCUUCACUUACGAUGUUAAUUUUACUUGA